AAUUUGAGAAAAAAAAAAAUGAAAGUCUUUUUAAUCAAGAAAUUUAUUCUAUUUGCUUUAGCUACAGUGGUCUUCAUAACAUCAAACAGCAUGUGCCUCGCUGAACUGAUGAAGUCUAGUCUGCAGAGCAGAGAAGACUACGAUGACAGAUACUAUGAGAUUAUAGAUAAUAUCCUGGAAGAAARGCAGAGAAGUCUCAAUUCUGAAGAAAAGAAAGACUGGGGAUCAAGAAACAUUGUUAAAAUGAAUGCUCCUGCAGUAAACAAGAUGCCAAAUUCAGUUGCUAAUUUACCUCUUAGAUUUGGAAGAAAUGACCCWGAAGAAAGAAGCAUUAAGCCCAUUGCUAAUUUUCCUCUGAGAUUUGGGAGAGCUUUUGGAGAGAGUCUACCUAGACAUGCCCCAGAUUUAUCAUACAGGUUUGGGAGAGCCCCGUUUGUUAGAGGUUCCAUUCAAUCGCUUCUAAAUUUGCCACAGAGAUUUGGGAAGUCACUGUCUGUCAAUCUGUCUCAAGAUGUACAGGAAUCUGAGCCAGAGAUAUGAAUUUUAACAACUAAGUUAAAAUUGGAAGCGAAUGAUGAAGACUGAAAUCGAAACACUUGGAAAAAAUGCAGUCUAUACUCAAUUCUAAAGAUCACGGGAAGGAAACAUAUGAGAAUUUAAAUGCAGACUUAUCUUCAUAUCAUGAAURACAUUGCAUUUAUUCUGUACAAACCCUUAAUGUGUAAAGCAAUGAUAGUUAUAGUGAUUGUUGUACUAGUUUACUUCAGUGACAGUAAUAUAUAAAUUCUAAUUACAUCUUGUAAGCUGAUGUCCUGUUGAUUGUAAAAACUAUUUUCAGAAGAAAAGAGAAAAUAGCUGUAUUACUGAAGAAUGCAAUGUAAUACUUCUUUUAAGCAAAA